ACAACAAAAACGGCGAUAAAAGGGUGUGUUCGUUAGUGUUCAAUAACAUGGCCGGGGUUCUAACAAAACUGCAUGACGUAUUUCAAGACAUUACCAUAGACGAUAUCAAGGAGUUUUGUAAGGAUAAUGUUAAUGUCAGAACUUGUUUAGUAUUUGGUGUUUGUGUUGGAAUAUGGUGGCUGAUGAGAAAACCCCGAGGGAUCCCCCCAGGUCCAAGAUUUACGUUACCAAUACUAGGAGACCUGCUGUCUAUGGACGGAGGAGACGGUGAUGUGAGAAUAGCCCCAAGACAACUGAGGAAGAAAUACGGAGAUAUAUUUAGCGUUUAUUUUGGACCGAGAUUAUUUAUAUUCAUUAGUGGUUAUGAUUUGAUUAAAGAAGCUUUAGUGAAAAGGGCCGACGUGUUUAGUAGCAGACCGUCUAUGUUUAUGAACGAUAUUCUUACACAGAAAAAAGGGAUUGUCUUUACUUCGGGUCAACAAUGGAAAGAUCAAAGAAAAUUCGCUCUAGAAACAUUAAGAGAAUUUGGUUUUGGAAAAACGAUACUUGAAGAUAAAAUUAAUGAAGAAAUCGGGUAUUUUGUUGAAAUUAUUGAAAACCAGAAGGGUAGACAAUUUGACAUGUCGCGAUUAACCCAAGCAUCAAUAUCCAACGUGAUUGCAUCUUUAAUUUAUGGACAAAGAUUUGAUUAUGAGGAUCCAAUAUUUAAAGAAUUUCUAGAGAAGAUCGAAGAGAAUUUCUCAGCGGUUGGGUCCACAGUUGUGAUGAAUGUCCUACCAUUUCUUCGAUUCUUACCUGGUGAUUUGUUCAAAUUUAAGAGAACGAUGCGUAAUGUUGCGGCCGUUGAGACGAAGUUGGUUGAAUCAUCUAUUAAUGAUCAUUUGAAGAAUUAUGACGAGAACAACACCAAUGAUUUUAUUAGUACUUAUAUUAAAGAAAUGAAACGAGUUGAAAAAACUGGUGAAGAAUCCUAUAUAAAUAGGGAGAACUUAACCAAAUCUAUCGGAGAUCUUUUUGUAGCUGGUACAGAAACAACAUCAACAACUAUUUUAUGGACAAUUCUCUACCUGCUUCAUAAUCCAAACAUACAAGCAAGGUGUUACAAAGAGAUUCAAGAUGUCGUUGGUUCAGGUCGCCUACCUUCUAUGAAAGACAGAUCAUCUAUGCCAUAUACCGAGGCUGUUCUGCAGGAAGUUUUGAGAAUUGCUAAUAUUGUUAUUAUUGGGGUGCCGCACACUGUUGACGAGGAUAUAAUAUUCCACGGUUAUCAUAUUCCAAAAGGGACUGUAGUCAUUCCAAAUCUUGAUUCAGUUCUCUUAGAUGACAAAAUAUGGGGAGAUCCUGAUGUUUUUCGACCUGAAAGAUUCCUGGAUGAAAAUGGACAACUGGUAAAAAGAGAGGAAUUCAUCCCCUUUUCUCUAGGAAGAAGAACCUGUCUUGGAGAAUCUUUGGCUAAAAUGGAAUUAUUUUUAUUUAUGACAACCUUGAUACAAAGAUUUGAAUUUAAACCAGUAGAUCCGAAUAAUUUACCAACAUUAAAAGGUGUUUUUGGAAUUACUCAUACUCCUUCUAAAUAUGAGGUUCGAGCUGUUCCUAGAUAAGCGACCAGAUUUUAGAAUUAAGUGACGGUUGUUUUUGACUAUUGUAUUUAAUAUACAUCUGUGAAUCGAGUAUAAUUUAGAACACGUUUCUCGGUGAAUUUUCUCAUUAAAUAUAAUAGUAAACUACCUACAGGCAUAUAUGACGAGGGUGUGGCGGCGCACCAUUCAUUAUUAGCUGACUACACUACUAUCUCUUAGGACUGUAUAAUAGAGCAUUCAGCGCCCGAACAAUCUGAUUAAAAUACAGAUCCAAUUUCGUUUCGUUUUUAUAUUUCAAAAUUUCGAUUUUACUUGCCUUUACUACAUUUGGAUCUGGAAGCGUUGUUAUUUAACUCGUAUUCUGCUUGAAAUGAGGGGUCAGCCAAUCAAAUGGUCUGUCGAAUCGAGCGUUUGACCUUUUUUGCGCGGAACUGUGGGUAGACAUUAGCGGCAAUAGAAAUCAAAACAAAGCAAAAGUAGAUAAAAAAAAAUACAUGGCGGUCGCUAAUUGGUUAAUCGAAUGACUGACGUAAUCGGGUCAAAUUUUGCUUGCUUGGUACCUGACGUCAUAUAACGUGGACUCCCACUAUAACUUGUUAGAUUUACAUGUAGUGUAGGCCAUCGAAAGUAUCAAAAACGAAACGAAAUAUAGAUCUAUAUUUUAAUUAGAUUGGCGCCCGAACAUUCAGAUUUGUUGAUAGGCGAUUGAAAAGGUUCAAAAGGGACUCAUAUUAUUUGGACUGGAAUAGAUCGUGUUGAUUUAUUGGCAGUUUCAUUAAUAUUUUGAAGCUGAGGAAUCGGGUGUAUAUCCAGACCCUUCAGAAUGUAAUGGGGAUUAAAGUCCCAUCAACACAAUGGGUCGUUCAUGAAAACAACCUACUUGCCAAUGACAUUUUAGAGCUGGGGAAUCGGAUGUAUAUCCAGGUCAGCUAGAACGUAACGAGGAUUCGUUUAUUUUGAGACUAAUAUAUAGUCUAACACAACGCAGUUCUAUGGAUAACAAUAUCAAUCACUAUAUUAUACACACACGACGUUUCGAAACAAAUUUACAAAUGAGGAAAAAUGUUAUUCACUUUGUGUAAACCAAUUAAGCUAGGGUUUCUUGGUUGUAAAUUUGUAUGCUUGAUAACGUCGCGUGUAUUUCAAAUUUGCAUAUUCCAAAACCAAAAAAUAAAACCUUUGCUGACAGAUCUUUCAGUGCAGCGGGACCAAAACUUUGGAAUAAACUACCUCGAAAUAUGAAAAAGUGUCCUUCUUUGGAAAGUUUUAAGAAAAAUUUGAAAACUUAUCUAUUUCAAAGAACAUUCUGCAAAUGUAUUUUGUGUUUAUUUAAAGAACAAUAUUGGUGUCAGUCAUUGUGACAUAUGUGAU